AUGGCCAAUAAUCGCGUGCCCAUCAACUACCAGACGCCGUCAUUCCCAUCUCUCUAUGAGCUCUUACCGGCGAGCGAGUCCAGAGCUAAUUACCUUUACCACACGAAAGACAUCUGGCGUUUCACCUUCUAUUGGACCUUCAUCUUCUACGGGGGCAGCCAUUUACUAGUUGCAGCAUGGGCGGUGGCAAUGCAAUGCCGAAGCUGGAAAGCGUGUCUAGCUGUGCCCGCAUUGUAUUUGGCCAUUGGGGGUAUAGAGGCGCUCCUAGCUGGGAGUAUCGUCGGUCUAGUGCUGGGCGCUGUCUACGAGGCAGGUAAUUUCAGAAUGUCCACAUGGAUCCCCCUUCUAUGGGGUGGAAUUAAUGUCUUGGUCCUCAUUUUAUCGAGUUUCCCGAUGCCAGGUGGCCUUUGA